AUGACUCCCGAACAGAUCAAGAUCAUUUCCCAAACUGUACCUGUGGUGCAGCAAUUCGGGGAGACUAUUACAACGGUAUUUUACAAAGACAUGUUGAAUGCUCAUCCAGAGUUGAAUAGCGUAUUUAAUUCCACCCACCAAAAGACUGGGCAUCAAGCAAAAGCUCUCGCAGCUGCUCUUUACGCAUAUGCAGCCAACAUCGAAAAUCUUGAGGCUCUCGGUCCGGCGCUUGAAUUGAUUUGCCAAAAGCAUGCAUCUCUAUACAUCACAGAAGACCAAUAUGAAAUAGUUGGCACAUUCCUCUUGCAGGCAAUGGAAAAAGUUCUCGGUGAUACAUUUACAACACAAGUUCGAGAUGCCUGGGUCUCUGCCUACUGGCAACUAGCCGGCCUUAUGAUCAAGAAGGAAUCUGCAUUAUACGAGCAGAGUCCAGAUUGGAGUACUUGGCGGCAAUUUAGAAUUGCAAAGAUUGUGGUGGAAUCCACAGAGAUAAAGUCAUUCUAUCUCGAGCCUGUUGACAGAAAGUCUCUACCGAAAUUUACUCCUGGGCAAUACAUCUCCAUCAGACUCAAUGUGCCUCGGCUGGGCUACGUCCAAGCCAGACAAUAUUCACUGAGCGAUAAACCAAACUCUAAUUGUUAUCGAAUCAGUGUCAAGCGUGAAGAUAGCCCACAAUUCACUUGUGGAAGUUCAGAAACAGAAGAUACAUCUGGCCAUGUUUCUAAUCUUCUACAUGAGAUGGAAGUUGGCAACGAAGUGCAAAUAUCUCACCCUCGCGGAGAUUUCUUUCUACAGGACGAAAAGGCCACUUGUCCAGUUGUGCUUAUAGCAGCUGGUGUCGGUAUCACGCCUCUACUAUCCAUGUUCACACAAAUUGCGGAAAACAUGGACAAAGUCUAUCGCAAGGUGCACAUAAUCCACGCGGCGCGAAAUUCUGCGUCUCGAGCCUUCAAAGAUGCCAUUGAAAAAAUUACUGGGGGUCACCCAAGCAUUAAGGCUACCUUCUUCGUCGAAAAUCCAGAGAAUGGCAAUUGUGAUCGCACUUAUAUUGGCCGUGUCGAUUUGCACCGGCUGCACGCGCAGAAUGACCUUUUUUUGAAUGAUUCUGAAACCGAGUUUUACAUCUGUGGACCUCCUCCUUUUAUGCAGAGUCUACGAGACUCUCUGCUUCGACUGGGGGUAGAUCAGACGCGUAUCAAGAUGGAACUUUUCGGCACUGGAGGACCGGAUCUGACGAUGGAUAAUAAAAAAGAGGCUCGUUUAUAG